GGGUCUCAGCUCUUUAUGAAGAGUUAAACGGGCAGAUAAAGUCACAAACUCUGUCACAACCUCUUCUAGAUAUAGCCUAUUGGCGAAGUUCUCUGAUUGUUUUGAUUUUUUUCCGAUCGUAAUGUCAAACGGGGACAGGUUGGUGUUGGCACUUGGCGGUGCAGGUACCGUGGGAUCCGGGGUUGUCAAGGCACUUCUGGAUAGGGGUUUCAGGGUAGCCGUGAUCUCCCGCGACAGCGCCAGAUUGGAUAAACUCAAGGAUUUUGUUUCUCCGUCCACCAAAGGCAACUUGAUCACAUUGGUGGGGAAUGUCGGCACAGAAGAUGGUGCAGAGGAGGCGAAACAAGCUCUUCUAAAACUGGUGGGGAAGGUGACAGAUGUGGUGUCUUCUUUGGGCUUCAGCUGGUGGCAGGGUGGACCCCCUCACACACAGACCGUAAAAGAACUGCACUGGGUCAUUGACACAUUACUGCUCAGCACCUUUGUCUCAUGGAAAACCUUCUUCCCCUUGGUGAGGGAUGAUUCUGACUGCACCUACACGUUCAUUACAGGUGGUGCUGGAGAGAAGAUCCUGAUGCCUGGCACUGGGUUCCUGACGGUGGGAGCAGCGAGCGCUCUGGCCUUCUGUCAGGUUCUGCGGGAAGAGUACCCUGAUGUCUCCUGCAAACUUAAUCAGGUGAAGAUCAACACGGGAGUGGCCACUCCAGAGCGCAUCGCCCCUGGGUUCCUGAACCACCUGGAGCUAGGGGAGGCAGUGGCGACGCUCAUCGAGAGACGGAACACCUCCCACACCAUCUACCCGGUCAGCUGCCCUGCUGACCUAAAAACAGUGAUCCUGGAGGGGAAUCUGUAGAGCCCAUCCGCUUGUGACGGCAUCAGCAGCAGUCAGAACCAUCAUGUGUUGGAAUCCUUGGACAUCCUCUCUGUCUUUGCUGUUGCCAGUUGAUGUUUUUGUUUGUGUGUGUGUGAGUGUGUGAGUGAGUGAGCGAGUGAUUGUCUGUGUGUGUGUGUGUGUGUGUGUGUGUGGGUGUGUGUGUGUGUGUGUGUGUGUGUGUGUGUGUGUGUGUGUGUAUCUAUCUUUCUCUGUGUAUUUGUGUUUGCGUGUGUGCAACCCCUUUUGCAUGCCAGUAAAGAGUAUAUUAAGAGGAUAAAGGGCACAGCUUUGAAAUAUCAGCCAUUUCUGUAAAUGUAUUAUUUGUCUGGCUCGAUUACAUUACACUGCGUGGACAGAUCGACAGCAGUGAGCACUAACCCUGUGUAAAUUGAAUUGUGAAGUGCUUGUUGUGGGAAUUGAAUCAAAAAAUGAAAAAGAGAAGGUGAAUGCGAUUUAACACAAUAUUGUUUUAUGCUUUCUUUUUAUUGUACAGAUCUUUUGACUUUUGACUUUGACUUUGAUCUUUUGACUAGAAGCCACUCUACUCUUUGUGUGUGUUUGUGUGUAUUAGUGUUGAUUUGUGUGUGUGUGUGUGUACAUGUGGUGGGAAGUGGAAUGCUUCUCCCCAUUUUCGCUCACAAACACAAUUUUGCCCCUCCCACCCUCUUAGUGUGUCCCAUUAUCCGAGUGCAACCAAACUUGUAAAUAGGGGCUGCAAUCCCCCACCCUGCCUCACACACAGCCCUACGGAUUACCCGUAUGCCACAGGAAGAUGAAAUGAUUUUGUAAAGAAUGGAUUGCAUUGUUUGUUAAUGCCAUUGUUUAUGUCCCUGUCAUUUGCAUACAGUAUGUGCUUUAGCAAUAUGAAUGUCAUGCCAAUAAAGUAACCAGGAUUCACAAA